CAGUUUUUGAGCUUUGUGUUUUGAAACCCAGUUUUAUAUUAUAGUUUGCUGAGUUGAUUUCAAGAUCAUUUUGAUGGGACAUUUAUGGUUAUCGAGAUUUCCUAGAGUUGUGCUCCUGUAAACAGCUUUAUCUGCAGAUCAAACGGACGACUCGGCAUAAGGAAACUUCAGCUGAACUAAGCAUGGCUGGUACAGGUGGAGAUGUAGCUUCUUUCGUUGUUUGGGAUUAUGUUGUGUUUGCUGGAAUAAUUCUAGUAGCCGCUGGCCUUGGGCUGUUUCAGGCCAUCCGUGGCCGUAAGGAGACCAGUGGUGCCGAGUUCUUGUUGGCCGGACGGCAAAUGACAGCCGUGCCAGUUGCCCUGUCGCUCACUGCCAGUUUCAUGUCUGGAAUCACAGUAAUUGGCACACCAGCCGAGGCAUACCGUUUUGGAGCAGAAUUCUGGCUGUUUGGCAUUUCCUAUGCCAUCAUGUCCACUGUUACAGCUGAAAUUUUUGUCCCACUCUUUUAUCGCUUAGGGAUCACCAGCGCCUAUGAGUAUCUGGAGAUGCGCUUCAACAGAUUCAUUCGGCUCAUCGGGACAACAAUGUACAUCAUACAGACGGCUCUGUACACAGGCAUGGUCAUCUAUGCUCCAGCUCUUGCACUAAAUCAGAUCACUGGACUUGACCUGUGGGGAGUGUUGGUUGCUACAGGAGUAGUGUGCAUCAUCUACUGCACUUUGGGUGGUCUAAAAGCAGUCAUCUGGACCGACGUGCUUCAAAUGGUGGUCAUGCUGGCUGGAUUUGUGGCUGUUAUCGCUCAAGGCGCUGUCCUGCAGAAAGGCCUAGGAAACAUUUGGGAAGAUGCUUACAAUGGAGGACGACUAAAUGCAUUUGACUUUGACCCAGACCCACUGAGGCGCCAUACUUUCUGGACCAUUGUAAUCGGUGGCAGUGUGCUAUGGAUGUCUGUCUAUUCAAUCAACCAGUCUCAGGUGCAGCGCUACAUCUCCUGCAAAACCUUAGGACAUGCCAAAAUGUCUUUGUAUGUGAACAUGGUUGGCUUGUGGGUAACCGUGAGCCUGGCUGUAUUUUCGGGUCUCACGAUGUUCUCCAUUUAUAAGAAGUGUGAUCCAUUCACCAACGGUGACAUAAGCACUCCUGACCAGCUCCUUCCCUACCUUGUGAUGGAUAUUCUGGCAGCUUACCCCGGAAUCCCUGGUUUAUUUGUGGCUGCUGCAUACAGCGGGACCCUGAGCACUGUUUCUUCCAGCAUCAACGCCCUUGUUGCUGUUACUGUAGAAGACUUUGUAUUUCCACUGUACAAAAACUUCACUGAUAAACAAGUCUCGUGGCUCAACAUGGGUCUGAGUGUGUUCUUUGGAGCCGUGUGUAUUGGGAUGGCUGGAGUUGCCUCUUUGAUGGGAAGCAUUUUGCAGGCAGCUCUGUCCAUAGUUGGCAUGAUCGGUGGGCCUGUUCUUGGUCUUUACCUAAUAGGCAUGUUUUUCCACACAGCAAAUUCAAAAGGAGGACUUGUAGGAAUGCUUGUUGGUUUAGUGUUGUCCCUGUGGGUGGGAAUUGGAGCUCAGAUUUACCAACCCACACCUGACAAAACAGAUCCUCUGCCAUUGAGCAUUGUUGGCUGCAACAACUCACUGAGCUCCACAACAACUCCUCCGUGGACCAGUCCAGUGACCCCGACCAUUACGCCAGAUGUCAGACCAGUUCUUGCAGAAACCUGGUACUCUCUGUCCUACCUCUAUUUUGCUCCAUUGGGUACACUUACCACAAUGAUUAUUGGUCUACUGGUGAGCAUAUUCACAGGUGGAUGCAAGCAAGAGAAGCUUAACCCUGAUUUGUUCGUGAAGAAGAGCGAUUUGAUCUGCUUCAGCUGCUUCAGUGACUCAGAGCCAUCUGACAUCACAGAAAAGGUUGCAGCAGAUCGUCAACUGGGAGCCGACAACCCCGCGUUCACAGACAUUCAGUUUGAUGAAAUCCAUGCAGACCUCUCUGACACCACCAAACUGUAACACUGCCCUGGUGUUCACAUUCAUUGUGCUGAAAAUAUAUUUUACUACAGUUUAAUUUUUGUUUUCAUGUAAAGGCAUAAAUGACAUAUUGAAAUGAUUUUUAUACAGUAACUCUGUGGUGCAUUUGAUUCACAAGUAAUUGUAACUGUAAAGUGUGCCUGUGUUAUGCUGUGCCUUAAAAAGAACACUAAAUAAACGUUUUUUAAAUUUUAUUAAGUUCUUGAAAACUAGCUGCAAAACCCAAACUAAAUUUGCCUGAAU